AUGCUGGACUCUGAGGGUACAGCUCAGGAAGGAGUCAUGAAAGCCUUUCAAUUCGCCAACGUCGAAGAAGGUCUCCGUCUGAAGGACGUGCCCACGCCGAGAUGCCCGCCAGGCGAAGUCGUCGUUCUGGUCGAGGCGACAGGGAUCUGUCAUUCGGAUGCCCACGUCCUGAAGGGCCAGGGGGAUUCCUGGUUGAGCAAAAGACCCAUCACGCUGGGUCACGAGGUCGCCGGCACGGUCGCUGAAGCCGGUCCAGAUGUGUCGGACUUCAAAGUGGGCGAUCGGGUUGGCGUGGCGCUUGUUCCGACCAGCGACGAAGACUGGAACCACAUCAUCGGAGUCGGCAGAGACGGCGGAUACGCGGAGAAGGUGGUGGUCCCGUCACGCGUCCUGGUACCUCUCCCCGAAGGCGUCAACUUCGCGCAGGCCGCAGUGGCAAGCGACUCGAUCGCCACGGCGUACCACGCCGUCGUCGCCGAAGCGAGCGUCACGGCCACCACGACCGUCGCGAUCGUCGGCAUCGGCGGUCUGGGCCUCAACGGAGUCCGAAUCGCCGCCCUUCGCGGCGCCACAGUCUACGGCGUCGACAUCGACGAGAAGAAGUUCCCGGACGCCCUGGCCCAGGGCGCCAAAGCGUGUUUUCGAAAGCUCCUCGACAUCCCCCGGGAUGUCGUGAUCGAUGUGGUGGUGGAUUUUGCCGGCGUGGGCGUCACCACCCAAGACGCGCUCCAACGCGUCAAGGCCUCUGGGACGGUCGUUCUGGUCGGCCUCGGUGUCCCGAGCUUCGAAUUGUCCUCGCACACCUUGAUGCUGCGCAGCCUGACGCUGCGUGGCUCGCGAGGAGCAACCCUGGCCGAGUACCGCGAGGUGUUGAAGUUGAUCGCCGCGGGAGAUAUCGUCCCCAAGCUGACCGAGGUUCCGUUCUCCACAAUUCCGGAGAGUCUACAACGGCUCGAGCGACUUGAAGUUGUUGGAAGGCUUUUUGCGAAACCAAAUGCUUGA